AGAGAGUCAGAAAGAUGACACAGAAACGCAGAGAAACACACAGGGAGAGAGGACAUACAUUUUUAUUUUUUUUUAAACCCCAGAGAAAAAUUAACUGUUGAAUCAUGAGGUCAAGGGUCAAGUGUGAGAAUCACAUGGUUGAAACCAGGAAACGCAGAAGCGGUUUCUGUCCACAGUCCCUUCAUUUCUCCUUACAGUUCAGCAGAAACAAAGCUCUUCAGACUUCAAUGAACUGUCUCAACGAUGAUAAAAAACCAAGUGGAACAUGUGAAAUCCACCGUCCAGGACUGUCAUAAUGGGAUCUCGAUAGAUCUCUUCUUUCACCUUUCACUAGUUCCAGCGGUGCUGAUCGUAGGCAUCCUUUCAUUCCUCCAGAGAAGAGCACACAGGCUGACCAUUGACCACAGACUGCCGUUCCUGAGAGGACGUUUUGGCAUUGUGGUGCCUUUGGACACUAUAGGCAGCCUCAGUAAUCGUUGGUCCUAUGGGUUUGCAUUUGGUGCCGUGUCCUCCAGUGUCCUGCUGCUCUUCUCUGAACGUUACAUCCCCUUCCACCUUCCAGCCUGGGCCAAAGCGAUAGUCUACCUGGUUGGCGCUUUAGAGGUGGGCCUGGUGAAUUUCCCUUUUUUUGCCUGUCUGUCCACACCUUUCAGAACGACUGGGGCUGUGCUGGGAAUACUCUACUCUUUGGCCUGGAUCAUCGUCACAGUCUGGGAUACAGUCACCUGUCCUGAUGGUAAGGUUUUGGGUAAAUACCAGAAGAUAAUUGUCCAAUGGCCCUGCAUCCUCUCCGUCAUCUUCCUCCUGGGACGAUUUAUCUACAUACUGGUCAAAGGUGUCCGAAUACAUCUGCAGUUGGAACAGGAGAACCCCAAUGAGCUGAUUGAGCAGCACCAGGUGCAUCAUGUUAAGACACUACUGAAGAAAACACUGGCACGCAGUAAACCCCUCAGCUGGUUCCAGAGAAGAGUGUAUGAGUGGGAUCCCUACUUCAAGUUCCCCAACAGGAUCAUCGGCACUAUCAUCAUAUCGCUUAUCGGCCUGUAUACGAUGACACUGGCUGACUACAGCCUCAGUAAUGUGGCUUUUGACCAAGCAGAAAAGUGGAAGAACACACUGAAACAGCUGGUUGCUGCGUGUAAUGAGACUGAAGCUCUGGGAGCCAUGAUACCACAGCUGGAAGAAUUCAUCGAUGUGUCCAGGAGUAAGUUGGUCUACCGGACUAUUGCUAAUGCUAUUGAUGAUAUUAUGUCUAUAAUUUUCUUUGUUUCUUUCAUUCUAGAGUCUUGGUUAGCUACCACCAUAUUUGCUAGUCUCAACUCUGUCGCCUACACAUUUCAUGUAUUGGCAUGCUACAGGAAACAUUUGAAGAGACUGUGGAAAGGACAGAAAGGUUUUCUUCCUGAGAAGUUUCACAACCCUAGGUCUGCUGUCAGUGUGGCUUCCAUUACAAGAUACUCUGGGUGGCAGAUAGCGUUCACACUGUGGGGUUACGUCAUAGUCCACUUCAUUCACUUCCUGGUUGCCCUGCUGUUGGCAUAUUUGAUCGUUCUUCCUAUACAGAAUGGAAAAGCACUGAACAUGCUCACCAACCUCGGCAUCAUACUUCUGACCAUCACUAUCGUGAUAGCUCUGGUGAUUCUGCAGAUUGUUCUGGUCCAGAUUUUCUUCCUUCAGGAUAAAAUGUCUCCUACUGAUAAACACAAACCUCUGGCUCUUAAUAACAGGAAAGCCUUCCACUGCUUCAACUACUUCUUCUUUUUCUACAACGUGGUGAUGGGGGUCAGCAACUGCAUCUUGAGACUGCUGUGCAGCAUUGUGGUGGGAACAUGGCUGGUGUCCCGCAUUGACCGAACCAUUAUGCAGAGAGGAUAUGAAAACAUGGAUGCCGGCUUCACUACAUGGAUUGGGAUGAUCUUUGCUGACCACUAUCACAACAAUCCAGUCAUGGUUUGUUUCUGCCAGCUGCUGGUCUCCCACACGGUGGAGAGAGACAUAGCAUCUGCAUACUCCACAUUCAGCAACACACCAUCUGAAGCUCCUGUAAAUAGCCGGGCCAGGAGACGUUGGGCAUUGCUUUACACCUUACUGAGGAACCCUCAUCUGAUCCUGCUCAGAAAGCAACACCUCUCCUCACCUUCGUCAUUAGAGUCUCCUCAGUCAGACGCUGUGGUGCAGGCUUGGGUCAUGGCCUCACAAACACAGAGCAGCCAAGCCAUGUCACUGCCACUACCAGAGAUCACAGUCACACCGGCUGAAGACUGUUAAAGUAUUUUCAUGGAUUCGGAUCCUGCUAAAAAUAUGGGUUGGACACUGAGAGGUUUUCAAUGAGUCUGUUUCAAGGGCUGUAAUUUCACUAAUGUUUGGCGUGAAAUUGAAAAGUGAAAAGGUGAAAGGUUUGGUAUCAGAAAUUAUGUAUCAGAUUUAUUGUACAUAUUUUUAAAAAAAAGUUUAGUAAGUGUGUUGUUUAUUUUUGGAAUAGCAUGUUAUUCCCUCUCAUUUAGUGUUCAGACUUCAUUUUAUAUUCUGCCUGUCAUUGAAUAGUCUGAACAAAAGCAUCAAGGCACUCACAAAUACCAGCUACAAACAGAAUAUUUAUCUGCAAGUUGGUGACACUUCUACAACUCAGAUUCUUCUAAAGAGGCGACUAAUAACUAGGAUGUGAAGUAGAUUCUCAAAUUAUAUGACAUGCAGUGGUGAUUUGAGGAAGCUCAAAGUUCUAGUUAUAACUUAACUAGAAUUUAAUUUAGUAGAAUUAUGUGACAAAAGUUCUGUUCUGUUUGUCAUUCUGAGGUUGUUAAAAUAACUAGUUACAUGUGACUUGUAUGCACUUUUACUUUUAUGCUGUUGUAUAUUCUCAUAAACCUUUGUUGGUGGAUCAUAGUGGUCAUGUAAGCCCCAUAUGAAGAAUUCUACAUUCUACAAGCUCUACUUCAUAUUAGGAAGUAUUAGGAAAUAUGCUGAACAAGCAAAUGCAUUUAGUUGGAAAUAAAAACACAAUGGUCAAA